AGAACAUGAGGCUUCUCUUCUGGUUCCUUCUGGCCGUGGUCUUGAGCAUGGAGCUAGCUGUAACACAGGGCCUGUGGUGCCACCUGUGCAAGGGGUUUGGAGGAUGCUCCCACCGGUCUGGCUGCCCAAGGAGAUCCACCCACUGUGUCAUCAUUGCCACCCGGGCUCCCAUCAGCUUUACGAACCUGCCCCUGGUGACGAAGAUGUGCUACAAUGGCUGUCCUAGUGUCCGCAGCUUGGGCUUAGGUCGUCAUGUGUCCAUCGCUUGCUGCCAGUCCAAUCUCUGCAACAGGGACUGACCACACUCCUCCACUACCAGCUGGCUCCACAGAACCAUACCAUGUCCUUUGGUCAGGCCUGGUCCUUGGCGUUCAUUCCAGUUUGGCUAUCCCAAAGACCCCAUCUCGUGCUUCCUCAGGGAGUUCUGAAUGAAGUCCUGUGUAAAUCCACUGUGGGACAAAUGUAAUGUCUAAUCUGUGGGCCACGCUUAGUAUCAACAAAUCUUCCAAUAAAAACUACCUGG